AUGGAUCAAACUCUGGCCACAUGCAACUUCUUCCCAGAUCUAUAUCUACAUUUCCGACGUACAUGGACGUCAAUCAUAAAUCCAAUAACAUACUCUCAAUCAGCAGUACAAAGAUUACUCAACGAAGGUGGUUAUGUUCUGAUAAGUGCAGGGCGUAAUAAUAAGAUGCCUAGUGAUCGCAAUUUGAGUGAUGAAACUAUUCAAGAGCGAACCGUUAAUUUGACAAUUGAUUUGACCAAUUUAUAUAUCUACUCAACUAUGGUGGGUGUCUAUAAUGGCGAUAAAGAAACAAGUUUCUUCGUUACACUACACAAUGUUUCACCGGAUGAGGAACGUGCAGCAAUGAUUAAACUGGGUCAAAAGUAUAAUCAAGAGUCUAUCAUUUAUGUGAAAAAAGCCACUUCCACAAUACAACAGUUCAUCUAUACAACAGGUGAAUUCAAAGGCAAAUAUGUCGAAAGACAAGGAUAUAAGGUACUUUCUACAGAUGUGACGGACGAUUACAGUCAAUCACAACUGUGUCCGGAUGGCAGAUUUACAUUCAGCUUGAAUUUUGAUUUUGGAACUAUAAUUAUGGGAAAAACUCGAAUAAGAACAUAG